ACAUCACUUUUCGGUGAUACUGGCGCGCUCUGGUAGAGCCAAGGAUGCGCAACCAAGAAUUCUCGACUGCCAUUUGCACAUUUGAGUUUGGCCCUGGCUCCGUCCUCGUAUUCCUACGUCCAUGGCGCAUACCGAAUAACAUCGAUCCCGAUUUCUAGAACGGGGUCAUUCACGCAGGGGGCAACGGUCCACCGUAACGCGAGAGCACAGAUUCGCGCGCGCAAAUAGGCGAACGGGUGGACGAGCGGGCCUCGACUGUUCGCGUUCGUUCCGUCGAACGUCGAGAGUCGACAAAUCGCGUCGUGUCGCGUCGUCGUGCCGUGCCGUGCCGUGCGUGACGCUGCGCGCCCCGCGUUGUGUUUACGCGGAGGCGUUACGAACGUUCACCCUACGUACACUUGCCGUUUGGUCAAGUCUACUCUCGCGACGACGACGGAUCCGCGUCGUGGACGCGUCCACGCUUCGCCGCCGUCACCCUCGACGUUUUCCCUCGCCUGUCCUCUUUCCCUUUCUCUCCCCCCCCCCCUCCUCUCUCUCUCUUUCUCUUUCCCUUUCCCUCUGUCUCUCUCCUCACUUCCCUUUUCCGUCUCGAGAAUGACGGGCCGCGCCGCUCGUCCCCGCUGGCGGUGGUGCGUCGUUUCCGUCAACGUCCGUCGCGUCGACGACGCGAAGUGAACUCGUCGCGCGUCCAGGCCGCGAGCCUCUCCACGGAUCCAGCCAGCUCAGUCCAGGAAAGCGAGAAGGAUGGAUGCGACGAUCGAGCGAGAGUGCAGCGCGUUGGGCGGUUUGUUCCAGCAGAUCGUCACUGACAUGAAGAAUGGAGCACCACUUUGGGAAGAUUUGAUUUCAAAAGCUACAAAGUUACACGCGAGCUUGAGAGCUGCUAUUUUGGCUAUUUCCGCAUAUCUUGAGGCUUUUCAGAAAAUAGCAGAUGCCGCGACUAAUGCCAGAGGUGCAACUAAGGAGAUUGGAACAGCACUGACACGAAUAUGUUUGAGACAUAAAGCGGUAGAAACUCGUAUGAAGUCAUUUACUAGCGCCAUUAUGGACUGUUUGGUACUGCCUUUACAAGAGAAAUUGGAAGAUUGGAAGAAGUCUUUGAUCAAUUUAGACAAAGAACAUGCCAAAGAAUUCAAAAAGGCAAGGGCGGAAUUAAAGAAACGCUCUACCGACACUCUACGUUUACAAAAGAAGAAAGCACGAAAGGUUCAAGUUCACUUACACGUCCAAGGACAGUCUCAGAGCCAUGGGACUUGUCCGGGUGAUGUGGAACUUAAUAGGAUGCUGGAGUCAUCAGCGGCGGUUGUCCAGGAGAAAAGACUGAGUUUAGAGGAAACGGAACGAAAAGCCGUCCGUGCGGCCCUUCUCGAAGAGAGAGGCCGAUUCUGUCUCCUUGCCCGAUUCCUGAAACCUGUACUCGAUGAGGAAAUAGCGAUGCUAAUGGAAUUGACGCAUCUACAAGAGGUCUCCGAUCAAUUGCAAAGACACGCCGCAUCGCCGCAUCACUUACCGCCUGCAUCCGAGCAGGUAAUAACGGACAUAAAAGGUUGCGACGUUACUCAGUGGUCGUUGGCUACGCCACCGUCGAGCCCGUCAUUGUCUCUUGGAUCAAGGAAGAGUUCUAUGUGUUCGAUCAGUUCUCUAACUAGUAGCAGUAGUGGAUCUUGUAAAAGCCAUCCGAGCCCGUCUGGACACCCGUGGCACAGAUCGCUUUCUCAGCCAGUUGGCGUCAGGCCCGCCAGCAUCAGCGGCAUCGCCUCACUGCGCCACUUGACUAGUGGCAGUUCCCGUGACUCUGGUUUUACGUCUCAGGAUACAUUGUACAAUCAACCGAUUUCAGAGCAUCAGGAAACAUCCGCUCAGUACGACCGACAAAAUCCGGGCGCGGUGAACGAACGACCACAUACCAUUUCCUCUGCGUACGAAAAGGGACAUCAGAGACCGGCGCUUAGCGUCUACACAUUCCAAGCCCCGGAUCGCGACGGUAGCAGUUGCUGCCAUAGCCAACCUGCCUCACCAGUCUCCUCUUCCUCAUCAUGUUCUUCCUCGAAUCAGCAGCUGUCCAGGGUGCAGCUACGAAGAAAUAACGGUGGCAAUCGUCCGCCUAUACCGAAUAGAUGUUCUAGUCUAGAACGACCGACGAUCCCAGUGAAGAAUGAACCACCUGGGAGUCCUCGGGGGAAACCUAAAUUACCUCUUCCGGCUCAUUUGGCAAAAGAAUUGGCGACUCAUCAGCUCCAGCAACCGAUGUAUGUAAACAUGCACGAGUUGGCGAAUCUAGCUGCUAGUCGUGCUCAAGAGAUGCAGCUUCCAUUGCCUCCCCCUCCGGCAUCGUUGACAACGCCAGGAACUGAUAAGAGCGAAGUCCCGGAAAAAGAUGCCGGAAGUCAAACGUCCGAAUCCAGCUUGGAAUCCAGCAGUGGAUACGGAAGUCAAAAUACUUUACCACACUCUCAUUCGCUUCACAAUCAAAACGAAAAUUCAUGGACUGUACCUGGCGCUGCGGCCGUUUUAAUCACACGCAGAGGAUCGGCACAGCAGACGAGUAGACCACCUCCGCCAACGAGACGUACAUCCACCGUUAUUACAGCACCCCCUUCCGUUAAUGAGGACCGGAGUGAGAAUGUGUGCGAGGAGGUGGAAAAUCUUCCUCCACCACCUGCGUUUCUUCUUGAAAGCUCUUCACCUACAGUCAGCCCUACACCUCAGAGAUCUAUCUCGGUUUCCGAGACAGUAAGGACUCUGACCGAGCUUCGACAUACACCGGCCAGUCCGUCACUCUUACGGAAGGCUACCGGACAGCAACAAGCGCAUAAUAAUCCUUCAAAUAUCGUCCAACAUAAUACUGUGCUACAAAUAACUCGUUCAUCGGUGGAACGUUCCUGCUCGGCUGUCCGGUCUACAUCCCAAGAACGCGGAUCUGUUGGCGCGCAAACGACUAACAUAAUCGGUGGUACUGCCGCUAGCCAAGUUGGUCAAGCUGUGAGCCAGGGGCAGGGACCAGGCGGCGUGGGUCAAGGUUUCAUGGCAGUACUCAACGCUAAACUCAUUGGUACCAUGGGUAGUAAUACUACGGCAGGUGUAAACGCGAGUGGUAGCCCGAAAUCUCUAAGGAAACAGUCGCUCUCGGAACAACAGCAGCAGCAGCAGCAACAACAGCAACAACAACAACAGCAGUCCAACAAGAAUGUCAAGACAGCUGCUCCCGGUUUUCUCGAGACGCUGAACGCUAAAUUAGCGCAACAACAACAAGUUUUACAACAGGGCAACAACGGAACGAGCAGAUCCGCAAGUGUCAGGCGCAUCAUGGGUAAUCGCGUGCCCAUCAUGGAUCCCUUGCAAGUAAGAGAUUCCCUCAUGGAUCAGAUUAGACGGGGUACCUCGUUGAGGAAAACCAGCGGUCCGAUCAACGAUCGCUCGGCACCCAAAAUUUACUGAAUAGUUUAGCAGCGACUUUUGCGUGAGUCCGUGGCGAUGUCGCGUUGCGUUUCGCGAGCGAUUCAUGCUGUUUCCAUGACAUGAUCGAUGCGCGAGAUACGAUAAAAUACCAGUCGGAUAGAAACCAGUAUCUUCCGAUUCUCCGUCUAUAUUUUUCGCAUCAGUUUUGAAUUACGUGCGCAAGUAUAAUCGAGGCCGCCGUUACGUUUGUUGCGUCGCAGUUAGCCUGCCCGCAGAAAAAUCCCAGGUAAAACACGCAGGCUCCAUAUUAAAUCGAUAUAUGAUUUAUUGUACAAUAACAAGGCGUGUGUUGAGAUGUCGCGUGAUUAAGUAAAGAUUGAUCGGGAAUAACUUUGCGUAGGUUUAACGGCGUUAUAUAUAGAUAUACAUUAGUAGAGCGUAAUGUCUGAAAAGAAUGCAGCAUGUAGGAAGAUUUUUAUAAAUGCGUAUUAAUAUUUAUAAAGGAAACUGAUUUGAUUAGGGAAUUGUCUUAUAA